CACAAAGGCUUGUUGUGUAACUAAUUGAGGGCUUACUGUUGCGUUGGCUAAAGGCGCAUUACGGGUUGCGGUUUGUGUGGUUAUGUUCAUUAAGACAUUCCUGAACGGAUUGGGUCGAACGAGAGUGUGGGGGCUUUACAUAAUAAAGUGCACGCUUUUCACUUGAAAUGCCCCUUUAAAAGCGGUCUCCCUUCACAUUGAGGCGCAUCGUAAACCAGCGGGUUGGGAGGAGUGGAAAGUCUGUGACAGCUGCACUUUGUUGUAUCAAUACGACUUCAGGAUGGUCUCGUCUUACCCCUUACCGGACGGCUUCACCGACUUCGAUGUGUUCUCACUGGGAUCGUGUCUGCUGGUGGAAGGUCUGCUGGGCUUCUUUUUAAAUGCACUGACAAUCGCCGCUUUCCUCAAAGUGAGAGAGCUGAGGACCCCCAGCAAUUUCCUAGUGUUCAGUUUAGCGAUGGCUGAUAUCGGCAUCUCGAUGAACGCCACCGUCGCGGCUUUCUCCAGCUUCCUGAGGUACUGGCCUUAUGGCUCUGAUGGAUGCCAGACUCAUGGUUUCCAGGGCUUCAUGACAGCUCUCGCCAGCAUCCACUUCAUAGCCGCCAUCGCCUGGGACAGAUACCACCAGUACUGCACAAGGACAAAGCUGCAGUGGAGCAGCGUCAUCACUCUGGUUGUAUUUGUCUGGCUCUUUUCUGCUUUCUGGUCUGCCAUGCCCCUCAUUGGCUGGGGAGAGUACGACUACGAGCCCCUCAGGACCUGCUGCACUCUGGACUAUAGCAAGGGAGACAGAAAUUAUGUGUCCUACUUGAUCCCCAUGAGCAUCUUUAACAUGGCCAUCCAGGUGUUUGUUGUCAUGUCCUCUUACCAGUCCAUUGCACAGAAAUUCAAGAAGACUGGCAACCCAAGGUUCAACCCCAACACUCCUCUUAAGACGAUGCUGUUCUGCUGGCUCCCCUAUGGCCUCCUGUCUUUCUACGCCGCUGUGGAGAACGCCACCCUUGUCUCCCCCAAGCUCAGGAUGAUAGCUCCCAUAUUGGCUAAGACCUCUCCCACCUUCAAUGUCUUCCUCUACGCUUUGGGAAAUGAGAACUACAGAGGAGGCAUCUGGCAGUUCCUCACUGGGGAAAAGAUUGAAGUGCCUCAAAUUGAGAAAAAGUCCAAAUAA